GGUUGCUCUCUUGAGAAAACUCAGAAGUCUAGCAACUCCUGGUUUCUUAAUCACGAGCUACUCAAUAAGGAUCAUGGACAUUUAGAAUUCAUGCACUUGGAAGAGAAGCAGAAGCUAGAAGGAUGAUUAGUGGCUUCUGCUGUUUGCAUAAUUCGACUUUGUGGUAGUUGGAAGAUUGGAAGAUCAAGCUAGCCUACGAAACUGUCUUAACAACAAGAGCAAUAGAGCAAGCUGAACAAAUCUAGUGCUAAAAGCAAAGAGG